AUGGCCGCACGCGCUGCCAACCCGGACCACGACUAUGACCUGCCCGCUGUCGACGACGACAUCGAAAUGGAGGCAGAAGGUGAAGACCAGCUCGACGAUGAUGACGGUGCUCCUGCGGGUCCAUCGAACCAACACCCAUCGCUCGCCUCGCAACAACAAGCAGGCAGCGCAUCUCCCCAAGCUCUACACGCACGACCAGACGCACGAAGAAAACGUGUACAAGAUUCCAUGAGCCACGCUGCGUCUGGUGCCGUCGACAAGUCUGCACGCAAGCGAGAGCAACGCGAACGUGAAAAAGAGCAGCAAAAGCAGCUGCUUAACAAGCUUAUUGAAAUCUUUGAGGCAGGCGGUGGCACAUGUGCCGUCCAGCAAGGCCAGAAGAAGUUCCCUUGGGUCGAUCUCCCAGCCGCAUUGAUCAGAAUCGGCUGCUAUUUCGCUGGUUGGCCAGAAAAGUGCUUGCCAAAAAUGUCUGACAAGCAUCCCGACCGCAUCGAUGCAUCGACGGGUCCCUCCCAGUGGUCGUUGAAACAGAAGCGCGCUAUGGAGGCACAAAUUGCCAAAGGCGCUGUCAAAGUACUCCCCCGCCCGGAUGAUCGUGCAGUCAUAUUCGAAAUCGUCGACGACUUUGGCAACGUCAAGGACUCGACUGUCGAGUUUUCCGAAAACUGGGUUCGCAACAAGCUCCUAGGCCUUGGAAUCGUUGCUCAAUCUCCCGCACCGCAUCCUGCGACAAGUAGCAAGUAUGCUCCCGAGGCCCGCCAUAUGCCCGCUACCAUGACGCCUGAUAUUGACUAUUCACCGCCGUCGCAUCCUUUGUCACUCCCUCCAAUUCGGUCUCAUGCCGACUAUCAGGAGCGUUUGGAUUUGCCGAGCUUGUCCAAGAUGACAAGCUUCAGCGGCCUGCAGACUCCAGAGGACGUUUCACGCUCACCGUCCCCGCUUAGCAACUUCUCAGACGGACGCUAUCAGAGACAGCCACCGUACUCUUCCACUCGCGGAGGCUACUUGGCCUCCGUAAGUCAAGACGACUUCUUCCCCACUCGGGGUCGUGUGCUCACUUUGGAGCAUGGUCUUCCGCGCACCGCGUCCUCUCUUCGGUCCACUUCACGUCAAAAGAACAACCUUCUUCACCAUCACCCAUAUUCACAACUAUUGUCCACGAAUGGCGUGUCUUCAAUCCGGUCUCGACCACCCUCACCUCCACUCUCGCACUCUAGAUCCCACUCGACGGUGACCUCGAACGCUUCGGAACUCACUGCGUAUCCACCUGUUCCGCCGCGUAGUGCAGCCUCGAGCACCAGCACGUCGCCUUCGACCUCUGGCCAGACAAACUUUCCAUCCCAUGUACCAAAUGUCCCAUCCUCUGUCGUCGCUUGGGACGCCCAAAACCGUGGAUGGGUGCUAAAGGUCCAAACGGAUCACGGCCUUCGCAAGUUACCCUGCCGUGACGGAGGAAUUGUUUGCUGGUAUAGGGAUUCUGAUCAGUGGGAAUGCCGCUCUACACAGCCCGAAAUAGGUCGAGCAAUUUGGAACCGCGAUAUUGAGCGGUGGGAACUCCAGCUCCCGUCUCACGACGAAAUUGAUGCAUAUUUGUCGUCGAGCCGACACCUUGCACGUCAUGCCGUCUACCCAACACAUUUGCCGUCUAUUGAGGGAACGUGCGCAUUUGACGCAGAGAAGCUUCAUGCAUGGGUCUACUACGUCUCACCGGCCGCAGAAGCACAACUUCCUGUCACCCCGUGCAUCAUCAUCUGGAGUUUGGAGAGAAAGCAGUGGACGCUACUUUCCGAGUCUCCUCAUGGUGCGGACGUAAUGUGGAGUCACGAAGAUCAGUCGUGGCACUUUAAUAUGCAAUCGACGCCCAUGGCGUCGUCUACGAGGAAGAGCGACCUCCGCCCUAAUAUUGCGGCCUCGCCACGACCAUCCUCUGCGCCCCAUCCGAAUACGUUGCCGCCCAUGAUCGUACGCUCCACCUCGCCUCUCCAGUCUCCGCGUUCGAGUGCACCCCGCCCAAUGUCCACAGGUGGCUCCUCAUUCUAA